AUGUUUGCACGAAUCCGGAGUUUCUACCAACCGUAUAGACAGUUUUGCCAGACGAGCAUAUUAAGCGGGAUACCCAAAAGAAACAAGCUUCCACCCAGACCAAAAUGGCUAAUAGUGGAGGAGGAAAUAGAAGAGAAGUUUUUGAAAGGAGGUAGUGGACCAGGAGGACAAAAAAUCAAUAAAACCAACAGUAAGGUUCAAUUGACCCAUAAACCAAGUGGAUUGGUAGUUACCUGCCAGUAUUCCAGGUCGCAGGAAUCAAAUAGAAAGAAAGCAAGAGAAAUUCUAGCCUUGAAGUUGGACGAAAUGCAGAAUCCAGAAACUUGUCGAACUGCAGUUUUGAAUACCAGGAAGACGUUACUCAAGAAAUCUAAAAGCAAAAAAUCAAAUAAGAAGUAUAAGAAAUUGGAUGAGGAAAACCAGUUGGCAAAAGAGAAAGAGCAUGAGCUUCUAGCACAAGUGGUCGACCCUGAAGCUGAGUUGGAUCAGUUAAUGAAGAAGGUUUAG